GUCAUAGUUUUAAUCAGUUUCACAUAUUGUACGGUACUUAUAGGCUGAAACUAAUUAUUCAACGUUGUUAAGUCGUGAUAAGUUAGUUUCAUAACUUAUAGUUUCAGAACGCAAAGUACUUGCUGUAUCGAUUCAUCGCAGCUGCUUUCGUGUUUAUAAUACGCCCAAUUUCUCUUACUUCCCUUCUAUUUACUAAGAAAAUUAAUUCAGACAACAUGAGUAGUACAGGGGAGCAGUUAACCUUAGCUAGAGACAUAAAACGAGCCAUCGAAUUGCUCGAAAAACUUCAACAAAGUGGUGAAGUUCCUGCUACAAAGCUGGCAGCGCUGCAAAAAGUGCUUCAAAGUGAUUUCUUAAACGCUGUUCGUGAGGUUUAUGAGCACGUUUACGAGACCGUUGAUAUCCAAGGGUCGGCGGACAUCAGAGCCUCUGCUACGGCCAAGGCCACAGUGGCCGCAUUUGCAGCAGCCGAAGGUCAUGCACAUCCAAGGGUUGUCGAACUACCAAAGACAGAGGAAGGUCUAGGCUUCAACGUUAUGGGUGGAAAAGAACAAAACUCCCCCAUUUACAUAUCGCGUAUAAUUCCUGGCGGCGUUGCUGAUCGCCAUGGCGGUCUGAAAAGAGGCGACCAGUUAUUAUCAGUCAAUGGAGUGUCAGUAGAGGGUGAAAACCACGAAAAGGCUGUAGAAUUACUGAAGCAAGCUGUUGGUUCUGUGAAACUGGUUGUGAGAUACACUCCCAAAGUUUUAGAAGAGAUGGAAAUGAGAUUUGACAAGCAGAGGACUGCUAGGCGACGCACCAAUUACAACUAAAUGAAAACAUGACCAGGUAUUGGAGUAGAUACAAGAUAUUUACUUGAACUCUAAGGAAUCAAGUAAAUUCUCAAAUACAGAUGUUUUAAUAUAUUUAAUUUCCUGCCAGUUGUAGGAAAAUUCAAUCCAUCUAUUCUGAUCUCUGGAAAUGAGUCAAACAAUGUUAUGUUACAUAGUCAAGUGUUGAUCAAUAAAUUGUUCGGGACAUGUUUUGACCACAGUGGCAUCAAAUCAUUUGACAUGAAUGAUUAAUUAUGAGUGCGCCUUAACUUUAAUGACUAGACUAUCUUUAUGUCUGAAAGCUAUAUUAUUUUUAAUUUAAUCUUAUUAAUUACAUUUUUUUAUUGGAAAUUGUGAUUUAUUAUAGAACUAGCUAAUUCUCUAUCUUAUCUUAAAUUUUGAAGCACUAGAGGCAUUGUAGGAUGCACUUCCCCCGAACUUCUUUCCUACUUUUAAAGGAAAAUUAUCAAGAAAUAAUGUAACAGGUCUUAGUACUUCUUUCAGUGUUUCUUUCAUUCUGCUGUUUAAAUCUAAUGUAUUCUGAGCCCUAUUACACUAGCCACAUGCAAAUUUAUUGCUUGUCCUGUGCUGUUUUGUAAAAGCAUUAUAAAAAAACUUAAAACUAUAAUUAUGUUAACUAAUGAAAGUUUUGUUUAGUAAUAAGGAGUAAACUAUCUCUCUAGAAACCUUUCCUGCUAAAAAUACUUUAAACUUUCAAUCUAAAAAUAUGACAUUGUAAAUUAUUUCACUUCUUUUUAAUUAUUUGAUGUCAUUAUUUUGUUUGUCUCAACCAGACCACAGGAUUACAGAGUUCCAGAUUUUUGGAAGGCGAAUGUGGGGCUGAAGCCCUUUUGAGACAACUUUAAUUAAAUGGUGACACAAAACCAAAGUUGUUAUUAUAACGAUAUUGAAGAGGCUGUCUCAACUGGUCUUGGCUAGAAGGACAUCACACUUGCUAUAUGUAUAUAAGUAUUGGAAAGUAUUCUGCAAGCCCUUUGCCCAAUAUAGGACAAACAAAAUAUUGUAUUUAUCUUUCUACAUAAAUAUUUACAACUAGCA